AUGGCUAGAGAUCAUAUUAACAAUAUAAUAUACAAUGAAAAAGUCAACCCUAACAAGGGAGCACUCCCUGACGAGGAUAAUAAUGAUAUUAACUAUGACAGCGACACCAGCGACCUUCUAUCUCUCCAAGAGAUAUUUAGACAGAACAAAACACGAUUUAGAACAAGAAACAACUUCAACUCCAAUGCGAUCUUAUCUCGAGCCUCGGUCGAUAGAACUGGCGCGGAUGGCGGUCGCGAGGGCAACAGCAAGGAGAUAAUUGCCUGUUUAAAUGCUGGGACUGUCUUAAGCGUCACUAUCCUUAAUGGCGAUAGACGCACCUACGAAGUCAUGGAUUUAGCGUAUACUGGCGAUCGAUCACUAGAGUUGCCUAGAGGGUGUAUCGAUCCAGUCACGAAUCAAGAAAAGAACACUACAGACUACUCGACGAAGUACGAUACCGCUAAUUGUACAGGCCAAGAGCAAGAUAGAGGUAUUAAAUAG